CAUCAUCAUCCUUCCAACGGAUUCCCGCCCACAGUUCCAGGAGAACCUCACUCAGCCGUGCGUCCCCGCGUGGAGAGGAGUCCGGUUCUCUCUCUCUCUCUCUCUCUCUCUCCCCCUCCAGCUCGGCAGGAUCCACAACCGGCCCUCCGCCCUUCAGACACUAGCCAGACGUCCGUCAGGAUCCGACGAUGAGGAGUGGACUGGGCCUGUGUGUGCUGGGCCUGCUGUGCCUCCACAGCUCGGACUCUUUGCAGGUCUAUUAUGAACCAUCUACAGUAAGCCUGGAGCACCACAUCAACCUCCUGCUCCUGUGUGACGACCCGUCCGUGGAGGCGCCCGUCAGCAGCGCCCUGCACGCGUACAACGGGCGGCUGAGGUCUGGACACAAGCUGGCGCUCUUUCAGAUACUAGGAGCCUCCAGGUUAGAGAACAGCACUGGCUCCAUGUAUUCACUGCAGUUCACCAGCAGAAGGAGCAACUGUCCAGCAGGGGGCAGCAAACACUGGACAGAGUGCGACUAUCUGCUUCAGGGGAGCCAGAGGCCGUUCACAUGCAAAGCCACGGUCUACGUGACUGACACAGCAAGUGACACUCAGCAGGUGGAUUGUUUCCUCGACGGCUACAUCGCCCCAGAGAAGGCGUCCUGUCUGGGCUGCCCGGAGGCGAUUGACGAGAACUCGGAGGACCUCAAGGUGCCUCUGUCGGCCUCCAUCUCCAAGUACAACGCCAAUUCCAACUCGACUCACCUGUUCACCCUGAACAGUGUUGGCAAGGCCACCAGACAGGUGAUCGCAGGUUUCAGGUUCAAGGUGACCUUUGACAUGAGGAAGAGCACCUGCGCCAAGGCCGAACACACGGACCUCAACGAGCUGUGUGUCCCUAAUGACCAGGACGUGGAGUUGUCAUACUGUAACUCUACGGUGGAUGUAGCUCCAUGGAGAUUCGAGUCCCCAGAGGCCCGGAUAGAGUGUACAGCAGGUCCAAUGCCCCCCAUGAUACUCAACAGGCGCCGUCCCGCCGGCUGGUCUCCACUCAGGCACAUUCUGUACGAGCGCCCCUACGCCUCGCCGCCUCCGCCCACUCUUCCACCUCCACCUCCACCUCCCGCCCCACAGUCCCCCUCCAAGGCCUCAGCCAAAGAGGAGUCGUCCGAGGAGGACACCACGACCGAGGCCCCCCGGCCGUCCGCCUCGCCCGACGUGUCCAUGACCGCCAGAUAUGCAGAUGCUGUGGGCGUCCACCCCUUGCACUGCCCGUCCAAGCCCUGGAAACCCUUCGGGGCGCCGGUUCAACCUGGAGCCGCGACGGAGGCUCCCCCUGAGGCGGACUCCUCCCAGCCGACAGCCGGCUUCAGGGAUACAGACAUGCUGGCAUAAAUUCUCUCACGGUUAACGAUCAAAGUCAUUUCCACGCUCACAUCCACAGAUUGUGUCUGUUUUGUAGAUCAGUCUUCUAGUUGCAUUUUGUUGGGUGGGGUUUUUUUUGGGAAGGAACCUCUUCAGGGGCGUUAUGCAGAUAUGAAAAUUAUGAACGCAGCCCCAGAGAGCACUGGGAAAAAAUAAGGACUGAAAUGAUGACAGAGGUCAAUUAUACUGUUCAUCGUAUGAAUUUGCUGUUUUGAGUGAGGAGGAGAAAGUUCCCCUCAGUGUCAAUUUAGUAGAGAUAAAAAAAUCUGCAAGGAAGUGAAAUAAAACGGCUCUUUGUGCUGGUUUCAAA